AGCUGUACAUUGUCGGUUGUGAUCAAAUUCCACAAUUUUUAUAGGUCCCGUUGUGUAGCAAUUGCAGUUAAGUGUAUAAUUUUGACGUUAAAUUGGUACUGUAAACUGUGACAACUGUAUUUAACGUGAAGAAUGACUUCAGAUCUACCACAAAAUUGGAGCGUCACAGUAGAUGAAUGGCCUCUGAUGUCUCAGCCGUGGUCCAUGUUGGCGAUCACUGCUGUCUACCUGGUGUUUGUGCUACAGCUGGGCCCGCGUGUCAUGGCCUGUCGAAGUCCCUUCAAACUUCGCACACUGCUCAUGCUCUACAACGGAGUGCUUGUCGUCUUCAGCCUCUGGUGGAUUCUUAAGGCAAUUUUUGAACUAAGGCUAAGCUCGAAGCUUUCUUGCCAGUCCAGAAAUGUGGCAAAUGAUCAAGAGAAUUACAGGAUGAACUCAUUGGUGUGGUACUACCUCAUGUCAAAAUUUGUUGAGCUUUUAGACACUGUAUUUUUUGUGCUAAGAAAGAAGCAAACCCAAGUCUCGUUUCUUCAUGUCUACCACCACACAAAUAUGGUUAUAUUUACCUGGGCCUUCCUCAAAUAUGUGAGAGGAGACCAGAUCCUGAUGAUAGGAUGUGUCAACUCAGCUGUCCACGCUGUCAUGUACAGCUACUACUUCCUGGCAGCUCUCGGUCCCAAGUUCCAGAGACUGCUGUGGUUUAAACCCUACAUCACUUGGAUCCAGAUGGUACAAUUUGUGUUCCUGAUAUGCUACUUGGGCCAACUCCUCGUCUUUGGUUGUGACACUCCUAGAAGAUUCACACAAUUUGCCGUAGUAAACACCCUAAGCUUUCUUAUUCUGUUUGUAAACUUUUACCACAAAACGUACAACAGAAAGAAACUCAAGCAGUAAAUAGGAUUUGUUAGAAUUCCACAUAAUGUUGAGAAUCUAAAGACUUACAAGUUCGAAAGCAAAAUAUAUUUUCAAACCUUUGAAGAGUUUCUCUUCACUGUAUGUUGUAGAAGUUGUGAAGUAGUGAAUAGUUGCAGAAAAUGCCAAAAUGGUGCCACGCUUAAAGAUAAUAAUUGUAUACAAUAACUUAUCUACUGAAGAAAAUUAUUCAAAUUUAAAAGAGAUAAACAAUAGCUAAUUUACAAUCACACCAUACCUUCUUUAAAGGUAAUAACUGUUUGAUAGUUAUGUGGUCUUAAUUUUUAAUGCCUACAUGGAUGACAAAUAAUUAAUGUAGACUACUGUUAUCAAGCAAAAGCUUUUUUUUGUAAUAUAAUAUUAUAUUAUCAAUGGUCAGGGUUUGUCUCUUAUAGGCUACUUCAUGUUUGGUAUAAUGUAUUCUGAGAAAACAACUGAACUAUUAAGACUGAAUUAAUUCAAUUGAAAGAUAUUUGUCAUCUCAAGUUAAACUUAAAAAUACCUAUGAUGCGUAAUAGAAAAUAUAAUUUUUAACAUCACACAGUACCAUUAGUUUUUUUUUAAAAAGAUUUUCAUUUUUAGUUGGUAACCUACUUAUUUUAUACAUUUCUUAAAGCGUGAUAAUGCUUCCCUCAGAAGAACUAAAAUCAUUGCUUAAAAAGUUAUCAUUCUCUAUCAAUGGUUGUAAAUAGAAUCAAUUUCUUGAGAGUAAUUUCAUAUGUUAAAAUGUUAAUGUUUUAAUAUUUAAAAUUUUAAUCAUCUAAAUUGUCCCAAAUUCCACAUUGGUCAGACUGGAAGAACAUUUUCAUGCAGAUUCAAAGAACAUAUCCAAGCCGUAAAAUCAAACAAUAACACAUCCCAACGCUCAAUGUAUGCAGAACACAUUUUAUUAGAAAAUAAUCACAAUUAUGGCAAAUUAGAAGAAUGUGUCAAAAUUCUAAAUUAUGAAAAAAAGGGUGAAAAAAUGGAUAUAAAAGAAGAGUUACAAAUAUACCUACACUCAAAAGAAUACGGCGACCAAAUUCUCAAUGUAAUGCAAAAACAAAAACAAAAUCCAAUACAUGAAAAAAUCAGACAAAUCAGGGAAGAAUCUUGCACAUUUACAUGUUAAAAAAUACACCUAACCAUUUAAUCAAAAUUUAAUAUGAAUUCAAAACAUAUGUUAUUAACUAUUUAUUUAUUUUAUUUGUUUACAUACUUUUAUAUAGGUAGCUCAUACUGUGAUCAUGGCCUUAGUGCCGAAAUACGUAUCAGUUUAAAUAAAAAUGAAUUUCAGGGUACUCAGGUUUUUAUUAUUUCGCUUAUUAGUUAAAAUUUUAAUUUGAUAAUGGAAAAUUAUUAAUUACAACUUAUUACUUUUUGUAACUAAUGGACUGGAUUAUAUUUAGUAUUUGAUGAAUAUAUAUUAUUUAGUUUUGUAUUUAGACUUAAGUUAGCUUAGCUUUAGCUUUCAGUUAAAAUAAAUGUGAUCUAGUUUUUAGAUUUCGUAUAAAGGUUAUCAUGAUGUUUGUUAAGCAAUGUUAAUUUUUUCAUCCAAAUGUAAAAUCUGAAGACAAUUUUGAUGUUUUUCAUGUCUUGUAGCAUUUGAGGUUACAUUAUCAAUGUGCUCCAAUUUUUAUAAAUUUAGGAUAAAAUUUAUAUUUUUGCGAUUCCCCUAUUGUGUAUAAUAUCAAAGGACAAUCUAUAGGUUAGGAGGUUGUAAUUUUUCAUAUUUUGUUUACUUGAACCUGCCACUCUGACACUACACACAGAAAUUAGUUUGUCGUAAUGAUUUGACACAUUAAAGUGUUACAGAACAUGAAAAUACCUUUAAAUUGUUUUCAGAUGCUAAAAAACUACAAAAAAAACUUUUUUAGAAACUAAUAAUACCCCUGCCGAAGCAAGCCUGCAAACCAAGCGAGUUUCCAAUUGCCUUAUCUGGUUUUUAACAAAAAUAUUUGCUUAAAAAUGUCAUAUCGGUUCCCUUUUAAAAUAUCAUUAGGUUUGCAGCAACAGGGAAGGUAAUAAAGUGUUUUUCUUUUUAGUAAAAUGUCAAUAAAUAUAUCAGUAAAUUAACUACAAAAGUGUUUUUAUUUUUAUUUUAUCUGUAACUAUUGAGCUAACAACAAUGCUUCAAUAUACAAUAUUAUUUGUUUUUUAAGCUCUACAAAAUGGUUUGGAUAGAAAUUGCAUUUUUAUGUUUAGAGAGUCAAAAAUGAGAAGAGUUCUUUUUAUCCCAUAAAACCCCAUUCUCACAAUAAAACAAUCAUGCUGGUUCAUGAGCUCAUUCAUAGAAACUUAAGUUUACAUGUUUGUACCAUAUUUGAUCAAAAUCAGAUAAUUUUUACUCGAGUUAUCGUGCUAACGGAUACAUAUAUGGAUUUGAAUGAAUGGUGUUUUUGGCCUCUAGGGACCUCAAAACAAAAAAGUAAAUCAGUCUCAGGUCUAGGUCUUACCAUGUGACCUACGGUAUAGCUUAUUCCUUAUAUGGGAAAUUCGUCAAAACUGUAUUUCUAUACUGUGCUAUUUCGUUAAAUUGUAAUUUGUAAAAAUAGAACUGACAUUCAAUUGUAGAUAGCUGUAAAGUAACUUAAGUAGUGUAUAGGUAAGAUAAAAACUCAAUCUGUUUUGCUUUAAAGAUUUGAUCUUUAAAUACAUACUAAACCUAACAUAUUUUGUAAAUGUUUACAGUAUAAUUGUCAUAAGAGUAUACAGUUUUGAUCAUAAAUAGAAGGAGUGACUGUAAAGAUUGCAAUAGUAGAGAUUUCUAAUUUCAGCUGUUUACUAGACCUUCUCUGAGAACCCCAGAAUCCUUUUCCUGAAAUUAAAGAAUUGGGUAAUUAUAGAGAGAUAAACAAAAAAGAUCAACAAGAAAAUAAGAGUAAAAUGGUUAAAGAAUAGAUGUAAAUAAAAUGUUAUAUUUACAGUUCUACAGUAAGUAACCUGUAUUCAGUACCUUUUGCCUUGAAGAAUUGUUUGUAAUAACCUAAGUAUGCAUAAUCUGGGAAAAAACUGUGAGUGAUACCUAAAUGAAUGUAUAAACACACGUACAAUAUGCCAUUGUUUGAGCAAAUACAUAUGUAAAUAA